AUGGCAGAACGCAUUGACGCGGAUUCUGAUCACGUUCCUGGCACUGUGCGUCUUGUUGAUGUGGUUGGCCGGGCCUCCUCUUCCACGCGCCAUGACGCUUCUCACAAGGACGUCGUGCUUAUACCACAGCCGAGCCCAGAUCCAGAGGACCCAUUGAACUGGGCCCAUCACCGCAAACUUCUCGCUGUCGGCAUGGCGUUUCUAUAUGUCCUCGGUACUGGAAUUGCCACUUCCCUCCAAUACUCGGUACUUGCAAACAUCACGGCCGACACAGGCAUCUCCACCAACGAUCUCGUUCAAGGGACUGGUAUCAUGUUUCUGUUCUUUGGUUGGGCGUGUUUGUUCUGGCAACCCAUCGCGCUUACAUACGGUCGUCGCGGCGUCUACCUCAUAACGAUGUUCCUCACAAUUCCAAUCAUGGUUUGGACUGCCUACUCAUCGUCUGCUGGAGAGUGGUUUGCUCAUCGGGUUCUGAUUGGCAUCGUAGUAUCGCCCAUCGAAUCGCUCUGCGAGGUCACGGUCUUCGAUCUCUUCUUCGCCCAUAAUCGAGGCACUUAUAUGGGACUGUACGUCUUUACCCUAUUCGGAUCUAAUUUUCUUGCGCCGCUUGUUGCUGGUUGGUUCAAUGAUGCCUACGGUUGGCGAUGGACAAUGAACUUAGGCACCAUCAUCUGUGGUUUCGUCUUCAUCAUCAUGUUCUUUCUCAUGGAGGAGACGAUCUACUUCCGUCGUAGCACUUUGGAAGGUAUCAGCGUCGAGAUGGAAAGAACCAACACCUGUGCAGCAGAACCAAAAUCACAAGCAAAGGUACCUCAACUUUCUCAUGAUGAUACUGUUCAGCAGCGCAUUGAGGUUCCGACUUGUCAAAGCUCAAAGUCGCGCUGGAGCAGAUACAAUCUGUUUCGACCAUUGCCUGGGCGACCGAGUAACCGCGAUACGCUGCGUAUGAUGUAUCGACCUCUUGUCAUGAUCUACAAGUUUCCUACGGUCGCAUGGACUGGCUUUCUCUAUGGUAUCAACCUCGCGUGGUACAACGUCCUGAAUGGCACAGCAAGCCCUGUGUUGACGGGAAAGCCAUACGAAUGGUCAGCAGCGCAAGUCGGCUGUGUGUACGCGGGUCCAAUUGUUGGUGCGGCAUUGGCUUGUCUAUGGUCUGGAAAAAUCGCUGAUUGGAUAACGCUUGCGCUUGCACGACGUAACAAUGGAAUCAAAGAGCCAGAGCACCGCCUCUGGGUCCUGUCAGUCUCAGGCAUCAUCUCUGCUGCUGGUCUUGUUACAUGGGGGGUUGGUGCCUAUCAUGAGGUUCAUUGGAUCGGGUUGGUAUUUGGUCUCGGGAUGUUGACCUUUGGAUGUGUGACAGGAGGUUCCAUCGCAGUGAGCUACAAUGUGGACUGUUUCAAGGAGAUCGCUGGGGAGACCAUGGUAUCCAUCAUGAUCAUUCGAAACACGAUCGGCUUCGCUUUCAGCUAUGCCAUCACCCCAUGGUGGACGAGCCAAGGCCUACAAAACUGUUUCAUCGUCGCUGCAGCCAUCUCCCUUGCAUGUACAUUCUCACUUGCUCUAGGCCUCUUGUAUUUUGUAUCCAUAUAG